ACACUUUGCAAUCUGCAGGAAGUUCUAGAAAAUAGUAAGAAAUUGAAUAGAAACUUUAAAGGACAUAUUCAAAGAAAUUUGAAACUAUGUUUUUUUGCAUGGUGAAAAGUUGAGCAAUAUUAAGAUGUUAGAUGAAUAACGUUAAUUAAAAUUAAGCUUUCACACCUUCUGAUAUGAAUGUUUCUUUGAUUGUCAGCUGCUAGUGUAGCUUCUCAAUGGUUGGAACUCCUUCAUCAAGACACUAAAGGGCAUCUUGCUGUUGGGCAAAAUGGACGCUACAAAAAAGCAAUUGACCAAACCAAGUACCGCAACUAAGAAGGUAACGAACUAUGAGAAACAAAGAAUGAAGAAUAUUAAUAAAAACCGUGAGAGAAUGAAUGCUCUAGGAGUGAAGAAUAUAACAACUUGUUUGAAGGCUACGGUUCAACAUAAGAAAUUGAGGAAGGAAAAACAAAUACCAAUUGAGGAAAAUGACGAUGAUUAUCGAUCGUCAGAGGCUGAAGAUGGCAGUGACACUGAAACCUAUGAUUCGUUUGAGCAUGAGCUGUUAGAGAUACCAUCGAGAGCCCGUUCACAAUCUCAUCAUGAGGCAUUGACCCACGCAUUAGAAGAGGGGGAUACCUCUUCACGUCCUGAGGUGACUAGCAAUCCGCCACCACCUCUCAAUGUGGAGCCUCAACUUGAGGUGACUAUUGCUGCUAAGCGUGCUCGUGGCCCGACUAGAGGCAAAGAGGUUUAA